UCAAGUAACGUGUUAGAUCAAAUCUUUAUCAUAUGUAUUAAUUUCUCGUUCAUUGUGUGAUUCUAUAUGGAAAGGAGUGACCAUGACGUUAAAGGUUCCGAUCCAAGAAACGGUGAAAUUGGUUGGCUCUUUAAGAUUGUGUGGGAGCGAUAGAAGUGAACCAGUGGUGGUUAGCAAAAGAGAGAUGGUGAUGGAUGAGAAGGUUUAUGUAGCAGUGGUAGCGAGAGAUCUUGAGAGCAAGUCAAGUCUUGUUUGGGCGAUACAGAACACUGUAGGCAGAGAGUUUUGCAUCGUCUAUGUUCAUCAACCGAUGCAGAUCUCAGCCCCGGGAGAGAUGUUCCACGAGCAGAAGCUGCGGCUUUAUAGAAAAGAAAAGGAGAAAGCUUAUAAUAGUUUGGACAAGUACCUUAAUAUAUGCAGGCAAAUGAAUGUCAACGCAGAGAAGAUAUAUAUGGAAAUGGAUUCAGUAGAGGAAGGUAUUCUCCAACUGAUAUCUCAGCGUGGAGCUAAGAAGCUUGUCAUGGGGGCAGCAGCUGAUAGGAACUAUACAAUGAAAAUGAAAGAUCUACACUCCAAGAAAGCUAUUUGCAUUAGCAGAGAAGCGCCAGAUACUUGUCAUAUAUGGUUUACCUGCAAUGGAUACCUAAUAUGUACAAGAGAAGCUACGAGAAGAGAUAACUUGUAUGCUGAAGGUACAUCGUCAAGUUCCUUGACCCAAUCCGAGAUAACUAAAGGAACUGAAAGUGUUGCAAGCUCGAGUAUGGCUAAAGAUGAUGUUCAGAUCCAAGUAGCUCUCAUAGAAGCUGCCACUUCAAAUAGGGAAAAACGCUUAGAGGUGUCUAAGCGUAAGGAAGCUGAAAAAGCUGCAUCUGAUGCAAUCAAAAGGGCUAAAGAAUCGGAGAAUUUGUAUCUCAAUGAGUUGAAGCGUAGGAAAGAAACAGAGAAGUCACUGAAGGAAGCCAAAGAAGAGAUGGAAAAGAUGAGAUCAGAAGGCGAGGCGCGAAUUGCUGAGUCUAAUACGGUGAUUACAAACCUUCAAGGAAAGUAUAGCUUAUCAAUGAAAGUUUUGAGAAGACUUAGAGAUGAACACGAAGAGUUGAAGAGAGAGCUUAACGAAGUAUCAAAGCAUAAGAGUAGGUGCAAGGAAGAGGAAGCAUCUCCAUCAAAGGACCGUGAACCGCCUCAGUACUUCAUAUGUCCCAUUACACAGGAUGUGAUGGAGGAUCCAUAUGUAGCAGCAGAUGGUUUUACAUAUGAAGGAGAAGCCAUACGCGGUUGGUUUAAUAGAGGACACGAGACUUCUCCAAUGACAAACAAAAGACUUCCUCACGCGAGCUUGGUUCCAAAUCUUGCUCUUCGAUCUGCAAUCCAAGAAUGGCUUCAAGCUUCAAGCUCCUAAAACAUUGAACCAGACCCGAGCUCGGGUCUUUAUGCAUUUUUGUUGGAGACUUUAAUUUUUAAUAUAUGGUUAUGACUUCUGAUGUUUUGUAAUAAUCCACCCAUUUUCCUAUCACUA